CAUCGUGAGCCGUGCCUGUGGAUGCUCCUGGAUCACCUCUGCAUCUUCCUUGUAUGAGCUAGCAGAGUCGGAGGAUCCUAGUAGUGUCAGUAGUGAGAAACGUUAUUAGCUAGCUGGCUGGCAGCUUCGCCUUUACUGCUAGUGAUAAACUUUAUUGGCUAGCUGGCCGACAGCUUCACUUUACUGCUUGUUUCUGAUGUGCAUCAUUUUUGUUUUGUUUUGAUUUGAUUGUGCAGGAUGUAGGAUGCGGCAAAUGAUUUUGGUGUUGUCGAUUUAGUGUUUCUAUUUUUGCUUUUUAUUUCUUUAUUUUAUAUGUUAGCUGUUGUUCAUAUUUUUUGAGUAAAAAUAGAGUCCUGUUGAAUCCUUUGAUUUUUUCUUACUGUGAGCUCAAUCAUUCAUGUGAGAUCUGAACUAGACUUCUGAGAGAUCUUAGGUUCAGGUUCAGUCUUUCAGUGUUCAGUAUAGAAUCAUACCUGUUAAAGUAUUAGGAGCUUGAGUUCUUAAGUUAUUAGUCUUCUAGAUUCAGCUUUGCAGUAUCAGUAUUUAGUUUUCUAGUUUAAGUAUUUAGUUUAUCUUUAGUAUUUCUCUUUUUUCAGGAAUAGCUCAAUUUUUAUGUUUCAUUUUGUUGUCUCUUUUAGUGUUUAUUUCAGUCUUAUUAUUUUCUGUAUGUUGUUAUAUUUUCCUCUAAUGCUCAGUUGUGCCCAACUGCAUAUUCUUUUCAACAAUUUCUAUAAGGAGAAGUGGUUGCAGCUCACUUUGGUUUUUGUUCUGUGCAGGUAAAGCAGGUUAGCAUAAACUCAAAUCUUGUAGUAUGUGCACGUCCAUUUCAUGAUCUAGAGAACCAGUUUCAACUUAUCUAAUACAUAUCUAGUGCUUCAAGUUCAAUUUUCAAUUCAGAUGGAGACUAGAAGUAGGAAAAGACGUGCUGUUGUUGAUUGUUCUUCAGAAGAUGAUUUCAUUGAAUUAGAUGGAUCUGAAAGUGAUGAUAUCAUGUGUUCUCAAGCUUUUGAUGUUGAAGUUCCUGGUGUCCAAGAAAAUUCUGAUGAUGAAAUCUUGUCUGAUGAUUCUUCCUCGGGUGGUUCAGGUUCUAGGAGUUUCAACAGAGCAUUGUAUCGACGUUGUAUGAAGGAUUUCCAGAAAAUGAAGAAGUUAAAGUGUCAAUUCGAAUUGGCUUUGGAGGCUCAGUCUAAGAAAGAGAAAUCUUCUUCCCACUCCUCUGAUGGAUUUACUAGGCAGUCUGUCAGUAAGUUUGCUGGUGUUAUUGGUUUUAUGUCUGAAGAGAAGAAGGCUAUUGUUAGGCGAUAUGGAUUUGGAUCACUUCUGCUUUUUGACAAGUGUUUUGUUCCUAAGAAGUUUUCCAAGUGGUUGGCGUCUCAUGUUGAAGUGAAGUCUGGUGAUCUUAUUGUUAAUGGAAAAGUUAUAUCAUUGACAACUGAUUCAGUUAAUCUUGUGCUUGGUAUUCCACUUGGUGGUACAUCUUUUCCUUCAAAUUACUCUGCUGGAAAAGCUACUAUUUUGUCUAAGAUUGGGAAGACAUCUUUGCCUCAAAUAUCUUUCUUUGUUGAUAAAUUGAGAGCUGAGAGUCUUAGUGAAGAAGAAGUGAUAGUUUGUUUCUUGGUUGUUGCUCUGCAUUGUUUCCUCUGUCCGAACUCUAACCUUGUUCCUAGCCCCCGGUAUCUUGGUGUAUUUGAAGAUAUUGAGCAUUUGAGGUCUUAUGACUGGUCUGGGUUUGUUUUACGCUGGAUGCUUCAUGGUGUCAAGAACUUCGACAAAGGGAAGAAAGAUGUUCACAAAUCUUCUGUAACUCUUGGUGGUUGUAUGUUUUAUCUUGCUGCUUUCAAUCGUCGCCCAGAAUCAGUUCCUGAUAAUUCUGAUAUUGAUGAUUUCCUAACUAAACUUGAAGAAGCUUGUGGUUGUGAUGUGCCUGAUAGCUUGAAAUCUAGUGUUCUAAAUGUGAUUGAAGAUCACUGCAAGGCUUGUGUUCCUCCUAUUCCUGUCUUCCUGAUGAUCUGA